GUAUCAAAAUCAAUAUGUUCUCCAAAAUCGUAGCCCUAUGCGCAUUUGCGGCUGUAGCCCAGGCCGGCCUCCUGGUUGAGCCGCACUACUCCUCGGCCGCCGCCGUCUCCUCGCAGAGCAUUGUGCGCCACGACCAGCCCCAGGCCGUAGCCCACAAGCUGGUGGCUGCCCCCGUCGCCUACCACGCCGCUCCCGCUCACGUUGCCUACCACGCCGCUCCCGCUCCCGUGAGCUACCACGCUGCUUCCGCCCCCAUCGCCUACCAUGCUGCUCCUGCUACUGUCCACUACGCCGCCCCCGUCGCUAAAGUUGUUGCUCACCACGAGGAAGAAAUUGCUCACCCCAAAUACGAAUACACUUAUUCCGUGGCUGACGGACACACCGGCGACAACAAGUCCCAGCAGGAGACCCGCGAUGGAGAUGUCGUGAAGGGCUCUUACUCUUUCCACGAGGCUGACGGCUCCAUCCGCACCGUGGAGUACACCGCUGACGACCACAACGGCUUCAACGCGGUGGUGCACAACACCGCCCCUACGCACGCGCCUACUGUCCUCAAGGCCGCUCCCGUCCUAGUCAAAACUGCGCCCGUCUACGCCGCUCCCACUUACUACCACCACUUGGUGGUAGUAGGCGGGAGCGGUAUAGACGGACGCAGCCUUGACGACGACGGGAGCGGCCUUGAAGACGGCAGGCGCGUGCGUGGGGGCGGUGUUGUGCACCACCGCGUUGAAGCCAUUUUGGUCAUCAGCGGCGUACUCUACGGUGCGGAUGGAGCCAUCAGCCUCAUGGAAGGAGUAAGAGCCCUUCACGACAUCUCCGUCGCGGGUCUCCUGCUGGGACUUGUUAUCGCCGGCGACGGGGGCACCCACCAACUUGUGGGCUACGUCCUGGGGCUGGUCGUGGCGCACGAUGCUCUGCGAGGAGACGGCGGCGGCCGAGGAGUAGUGCGGCUCAACCAGGAGACCGGCCUGGGCUACAGCCGCGAAGGCGCACAAAGCUACGAUCUAGAACAGUUAAAUCAAUACAACAUAUACUCAAAUAAUAUCUUCGUUUUCCAGAUCGUCGCUUUCUGCGCCUUCGCGGCUGUAGCCCAGGCCGGUCUUCUGGUUGAGCCGCACUACUCCUCGGCCGCCGCCGUCUCUUCGCAGAAUAUCGUGCGUCACGACCAGCCCCAGGCCGUAGCCCACAAGCUGGUGGCUGCCCCCGUCGCCUACCACGCCGCUCCCGCUCACGUCGCUUACCACGCCGCUCCCGCUCCCGUGACCUAUCACGCCGCUCCCGCCCCCAUUGCCUACCAUGCUGCUCCUGCUGCCGUCCACUAUUCUGCCCCUAUCGCUAAAGUAGUAGCCCAUCAUGAGGAAGAAAUCGCACACCCCAAAUACGAGUACACUUACUCCGUGGCUGACGGACACACCGGCGACAACAAGUCCCAGCAGGAGACCCGCGACGGAGAUGUCGUGAAGGGCUCUUACUCUUUCCACGAGGCUGAUGGCUCCAUCCGCACUGUAGAGUACACCGCUGACGACCACAACGGCUUCAACGCGGUGGUGCACAACUCCGCCCCCACGCAUGCGCCCGCCGUCAUCAAGGCUGCGCCCGUCUACGCUGCUCCCGCCUACUACCACCAUUAAUAUAUUUAGUGAAUUUGUAACCAAAGAUGAUUGAGAGAAACUGGCGGUAAUUGUUGAAUAUUUAUUUAUAUCAUGCAAAAUAUAAAAAGUGUCAAAAAUUAAA